GACAUCAGAUUCCAUUUAUGUUCAGGUUCCGUCGAUUCAUGGCGUUCGUGCACGGAAACGUAAACAAUGAUGUAUAGCUGUCAGUUGUACUCAACUGACCUUUCGUAACAAAGAAAAUUCGAGCAUGGAAUUGACGGAAUGUGCCAUUGGUGCUAUCGCGAAACGACGAAAGAAGUGGAAGAGGAAGCGACGUUUGAAGCGCUUGAAGAAAAAACGGCUGCGCGAGCGAGAGGUUAGGUUCAACGUAAGUCAUUGGACGGCCUUUUCCGAGUAUGUCACGGAUGUACGAGAGACGCUAGCAACGGGCACGAUGCAAGCCGACGCUUUCUGGAAGAAUUACGCCGUGACCCAGGAAUGGCAGAAACGACACAACAUAACCUGGUGGAGGUCACGUUGCGUCGCCCUGGAGCGCGAAAAUAAACUGCUGCGCGACAAAGUGAGAUCCCUGGCUCAGAGUCGUGGUUAUCGUGACACUCGGGAGAAUUAUAAUUAUUAUGUGGAUAACGACAAUGACGAUGCUGAGGAAGAUAAUGACACGCAAUCCGAUACAAAUGAGGAUUUGGAGUUCAACGUGACCGAGGAUUUGUUGAAGUUUUUCGAGACGAGCGAAAGGCACAAGCGAGAGAUGCGGCUAAAACGUGAAUGUAGCGAGACAGAGGAUGAGGAGGAAAAUUUAGAGGAGGAAUCCUUUGUUGGCGCUGCUGAAAGCACCCAGGUGAAAAAAGAUGAGGCUGACCUGCUGCAGGGCGAUGCUGACUCUAAGAUAUUGGUGAUGGAAACCACUUCACAAAGCACGAUAGAGGAUACAGCAAAUUGAUAAUAUUAGCCCAACAUUCCUGUGAAACCUUGGGAUUAGCUCUAAUCUUCUUCUCUUGGAUGGCUUUCUGACCUCUGCAAUGAAGAUCAAAGUGCCAAGAUAUUAUAUUGAUCUGUAGAUCAAGCCUAAGCUUCUUUGGGGAGCAGAGACUUGCUUUAGUUGCUUAUCCAAUAGGAUUAGUUAUAAUCU